UUGCUGUCUUUGUUUCUUAAAACGACCGAAUCUAUCGGCGCAGAGAUAUUCUCUCUAACGAAAAAGAUGGCGAGGAGACCUGACGAGGAAUACGAUUACCUCUUCAAGGUUGUAUUAAUCGGCGAUUCUGGUGUAGGGAAAUCCAAUCUUCUCUCCCGAUUUACUCGCAAUGAGUUCUGUUUGGAGUCCAAAUCCACCAUUGGUGUCGAAUUUGCCACCCGUACUCUUCAAGUCGAGGGAAGGACCGUCAAAGCCCAAAUAUGGGACACAGCUGGGCAGGAACGAUACAGAGCAAUAACCAGUGCCUAUUACAGAGGUGCUCUCGGAGCUCUUCUAGUGUAUGAUGUUACAAAACCGACAACAUUCGAAAAUGUCAGUCGCUGGCUGAAGGAGCUGAGAGACCAUGCAGAUGCCAACAUUGUGAUCAUGCUAAUCGGGAACAAGACUGAUCUGAAACAUCUCAGAGCAGUGGCCACUGAGGAUGCUCAAAGCUACGCAGAGAGAGAAGGACUUUCAUUUAUUGAAACAUCUGCUCUUGAAGCAACAAAUGUUGAGAAGGCUUUUCAGACAAUACUUUCUGAAAUAUACAGAAUUAUUAGUAAGAAAUCACUUUCAUCAGAAGAACCAACACCUGCCAACAUCAAAGAAGGGAAGACAAUUGUGGUCGGAGGAUCUGAGGGUAACGCUAAGAAACCUUGCUGCUCUUCAUCAUAAAAGAUCUGUAUACAUCAAUUUACAGACCCCUUGAUGGGUUUAUUACCUUGGCUUCUUGAUGAUUCUUUUAUUUUGGAACUUGCCAGCUAUUUUUGUUGGACUAUUUAUUAUUUCGCAUGACAUGUCCGAUAGGUUUUAUGCUUU